AUGUGGAAAGAUUUCCCCUAUUACAAGAUUGUGUUGGAAAUUCCCGAAACCCCCAGAAGCAAAGAAAGGCCAAAGGGCUGCAGGAUCCCACUUCCAAUUAGACUCCAUUCCCCACUUCACAACUGCCCCUCCGUUCUGCCUUUAUUACCCUUACUCUUCCUCUUCCACCAAUACCCAUCUCUAUUGCUGCAAUCCCACGCUUUGGAGCUGUGGUCUCCCGAACACGUCAUGGCACAGAACUCUUCCCCGGGUUUGGUCCCGAUCAUCAACACCGAUAAAUCAGCCGGCAUUUCCAAAAUUUCCGAGGACGAGUUUGAGGUCUCCUCACCAACCGACUUGACCUUCCGACAGUCCGGUGCCGGCAGCUCUGCGUUUGGAGGCAGUGCGUUUGAGGGAGGAGCACAAGCGGGGGGCUCGUUAUUCAGUCGGAGUCCGUUCCAGCAAGCCCAUGAGGAAGAGCAGGAAGGGGAGCUGGCCCCUCUCCCCGCUCGAUCGGCACAACAAGGAUUCCCCAGCAAUUAUGCGCUGGGCCGACGCACCUCCGUCUCCGCCGAAUCACUAAAUCCCACUGAAGCCGGCUCGGAGAGCUGGUCACCCCCGCACCACCCAAAAUCCGAAGAGCAGGUUUCUCGGCUCAAGAGUGCGGUCAGUAGCAAUUUCCUCUUCUCUCACCUCGAUGACGAUCAAUUCACCACGGUCCUCCAUGCCCUCGUCGAGAAGCCCAUCCCCGCCAAGGAUAUCAAGGUCAUCUCCCAGGGUGACGCGGGUGAUUAUUUCUAUAUCGUGGAGAAAGGUAAUUUCGACAUCUACAUCCACUCUUCUGGCUCGGUGCAGCCUGGCCCAGAGGGUCUGGGUAACAAGGUCGCCUCGACUGGUCCAGGUGGCUCCUUUGGUGAGCUGGCUCUGAUGUACAACGCCCCACGUGCUGCGACGGUCAUUUCCACCGAGGCGAAGAGUACCCUCUGGGCUUUGGAUCGCAUCACCUUCCGCCGCAUUCUCAUGGACUCGGCGUUCCAGCGCCGUCGCAUGUACGAGGCCUUCCUGGAGGAAGUCCCGCUGCUGUCAUCUCUGAAACCUUAUGAGCGGUCUAAGAUUGCCGAUGCCCUGGACACAAUCAAGUACCCGGCCAAUUCCACCAUUAUCCACGAAGGGGACCCCGGUGACGCCUUCUACCUGCUCGAGUCUGGUGAAGCCGAAGCUACCAAGAACGGGGUCUCUGGACCCGUCAAGAACUACCACCGGGGUGAUUACUUUGGCGAGCUUGCACUGUUGGAUGACAAGCCUCGCCAGGCGAGCAUCACUACCAAGACAGACGUGAAGGUGGCGCGGUUAGGUCGGGAUGGAUUCAAGCGACUUCUUGGACCCGUGGAGGAGAUGAUGAGACGCGCCGAAUAUGAGUUGGAUGCGAGCAAGUCUCCAGUUUCCAAAUGA